AUGAUGGUGUGUGAAUGUUUUUCAGGUGCUCUGGGUCAGGCGUACUGGGGUGUGAUUUACACCAGUGAGAACAUCUGUGCCUUAAAGGGGACCUCAGUGAACAUGACCUGCACUUACACAUAUCCUAGUGGUCACACAAUAACAAAAACAUUCUGGUUUAAAAAUGGGAAACAUGGAGGGGAGCCUCCAGACCUGGCCAGUACCCCUGAGUAUAAAGGCCGUGUAGAGUACCUGGGCGAUAAGAAACAUCAGUCCACCCUCAUGCUGAAAGCUCUGAAAAAGAGUGAUUCAGGAAGAUAUUACUUCAGGUUUAUAACAAAUAAAGAAACAGGAAAAUGGAUAGGUGCAGAAGGAUCUCAGUUAUCAGUCACAGCUUUACAGGCACGUGUGAAUCCUGGCACAGUGAGAGAGGGACGGAGGGUGACACUGACCUGCAGCACCAGCUGCACUCUGAGUGGCAGCCCAGCCUUCAUCUGGUACAGGAACGGACAUCCUCUACCCAACAGCACCCAGAACGUCCAGUUCUCAGCCAGCAGUGACCUUUCAGGCAGCUACUCCUGUGCUGUAAGAGUCCAUGAGAGUCUGCCUUCCUCUGCUGUGACUCUCAAAGUGACAUACUCUCCCAAGAACACUUCGGUGUCAGUCAGUCCCUCUGGGGAAAUAGUGGAGGGCAGUUCAGUGACUCUGACCUGCAGCAGCAAUGCCAACCCACCAGUGCAGAGAUACACCUGGUUCAAGAAUGACACAGCUGUAACCUCAGAGAGAGGAUCAGGGCGGAGUUACUCCAUCACUAACAUCAGCUCUGAGGACAGUGGACAGUACUACUGUGAGGCAAAGAACAAGCAUGGAGCUCAGAACUCACCUGCUGUAUCCAUAGAUGUUCAGUAUGCUCCCCAGAGCACCUCAGUGUCAGUCAGUCCCCCUGGUGAAAUAGUGGAGGGCAGUUCAAUAACUCUGACCUGCAGCAGCAAUGCCAACCCACCAGUGCAGAGAUACACCUGGUUUAAGAAGAAUGACACUGGAGUCUGGCAGACAGGAUCAGGAAAGAGUUUGAAUUUUGCUAACAUUACAUCCUCGGACAGUGGACAGUACUACUGUGAAGCAAAGAACAAGGUUGGAAACCAUAAGUCUACUGGUAUGACUAUUGAUGUUCUGUAUGCGCCUCGAAACACCUCAGCGUCAGUCAGUCCCUCUGGUGAAAUAGUGGAGGGCAGUUCAGUGACUCUGACCUGCAGCAGCAAUGCCAACCCACCAGUGCAGAACUACACCUGGUUUAAGAAGAAUGACACUGGAGAGGAAGAUCAUGGGUAA